AUGGCGGCCACGCGGCCGAUGUUGAGGGCGGCUGCCUGUGCCCUCGCCGCCAAACAUUUGCACCGCCUCUGUCAAGGGGAUUCCGUGCGGAUAUCGCAGCUCCCCCAUCUGCGCAAAAGCCCGCUGCAGUGGAUCAUCAGGGCAAUCGACUGGAAGUACGAAUCCGUGCGGCUCUACGACCAGGCCAUCCACCACCUGAAAGAGGCCAUUGCGCUGGAGAUCCCCGAUGAUCGGCGCGAGGAGAUGUUCGCCGUGGUCGCGAUCCUCGGCACGUACGAGCUGAGCGAUGCCCCCAGCACCGAAUGGCGGGCUCACCUCAGCGCCUUGCCCUACCUGUACUGUGGCAGCUCCGAUGCCUUUGGCUCGACAGAGACGCUGCCUGACUCCCUGCUGCACAUUUCGCGCUCCGUGUUCUGGAGUCUCUACCGGCAGGACUGUCUCUCCGCCUUCAUCAACGAGACCCAAACCCGUCUGGACCUCUCCGAUCUCAUCCUCUGGCGUAAUCUCGGCCUCAGCAUCUCCUCAUACGGCCACCUCUUGCCCCCGUCUAAAGCAUCCACCACCCCGGCCGUCCCCUCCACUUCGCCUUCCCCUCAUGUCUCCUCCCCAACUCCCUGGCUCGAUGAAGCCACGCUCAGCAACGCUCUCAUCUGGCUCACAGGCAAGAUCAUCAACUACAUCACCAGCGGCGACGGCAUCAACCCGGGCGACUACGAAAGCCCCCCGGACCAGCGGCCAUCCUUCGGCACCACGCAGGAGGAUCUGCUGAAACGAUGGCAGCGACUCGACUUCGAGCUCCGCGCCUGGCACGACACCCUGCCUGCCUCCUUCACCCCCUGCGUGCGGACCCGCCUGUCUCUCUCCACAGACUCCGGACCGAUCGCGCGACGCCCCGCCCCCGAGCACCGAGACACCGAUGCCUCCGACGACAACAACCCCAUCGACGCAAUCGUCUUCACCGUCCCCAUGUGCGCCGUCACCAUCCAAACCUACCACAUGGCGCGUAUCCUGCUCCUGAGCAACAUGCCGCAGGAGGCCACCGCUAUCCGGUCGACGGUCACCGCCCGCCUGCACAACUACCGGCGCAUCGCGGGCGAGGUGGUGCGCCACGCCCGCGAGGUCUGCGGCAUCAGUCUGGCGGGGCUGCCGGAUGCCAUGCUCCCGCAAACGGUGCAGCCCCUGUUCGUGGCCGGCCAGUGCUUCGAGGGAGUGCCCGAGCGGCGGUUGGUGGUGGAUCUGCUGCGCCGGGUCGAGUGCGAGACGACGUGGGCGACCGAGUAUCGGGUGCAGGACUUGCGGCGGCAGAUGGACACCGGCAUCAUCGGAUCAGUAGUUGUGAUGCAGCAAUUUACGCAGAAAUUCGGCUCCUUCUCGUCCAUCGUUCACGGGCUGGUCGUCUCCGCCAUCCUGAUCCCCGCUGCCUUCUCCUCGUUCUUCGGCGGCAAACUGGCCGAUUGGGUUGGACGGCCCAGGGCCAUCAGUCUGGGGGCGCUCAUCUUCGGGGUCGGAGCGGCCAUCGAAGCGGGCGCCGUGCAUCUGGCCAUGUUUAUUGUCGGCCGUGUCGUGGAGGGACUCGGGGAGGGUCUGUAUCUAGGGACGCUGGUUGUAUACAUCUGCGAGAUCUCGCCUCCGAAGCAACGAGGCCCGCUCACCACUGGCCCGCAACUCUUUGUCACCGUCGGCCUUGUGGUCGGCUUCUUCACCUGCUACGGCUGCGAGCGCCUGCACUCGUCCAUGGCGUGGCGCACCCCCUUCACCCUCCUGGCCGGCGUCUCCGUCCUUUUCGGUCUCGCGGCGUUCCUGUGGCUGCCCGAGUCCCCGCGGUGGCUCACCCUCCACAACCGCUCCGACGAGGCCACGCGCGCCUGGGAGUAUCUCCAAGUCAGCCCGGCGGAUCGGGAGGAGCUAAGCGAGGAAGACGACUACGACGUGCACGAGGAGGCUGUCACCCACCCGCUGGCACCGACUGGCAGCACCCUAGCCCCGAAUACCCUCGAACAAGUCCUCUCGCAGCGCAGCGAGAGAUCGGUCCCGGAGAAGGGUGGCCACAAGACCAGCCUGUUCGACGCGUUCAAGCCGGACGUGCGCAACCGGACGUUUUUGGGUCUAUUCCUGAUGUCCAUGCAACAGCUUGCCGGGAUUGACGGGGUCCUUUACUACGCCCCGCUCCUCUUCGAGCAAGCAGGCAUGACCUCCGACCAAGCCAGCUUCCUCGCCUCGGGCGUGUCGGGGAUCGUCAUCUUCGCCGUGACGGUUCCCGCGCUCAUCUACGCCGACAGCUGGGGCCGGCGCCACAACGUCAUCCUGGGCGGCCUGGGGCUGGCGGCCACCAUGCUGGUGAUCGGCGCGCUGUACGCCGCCGACGCCGUCCACGAGUCCACAGGCGCCGGCCGCUGGGUCGUCAUCGUCGCCAUCUACCUGUUCGCCGCCAUCUACAGCGUCUCCUGGGCCGUCAGCUGCAAGAUCUACGCCGCCGAGAUCCAGCCCCAGCGCACCCGCGCCUCCGCCACCUGUCUCGCCCACGGCGCCAACUGGAUCUCCAACUUCUUUGUCGCCUUGAUCACCCCGGUGUUGCUGGCGAAGAGUAGCUGCGCCGCGUAUUUCUUGUUCGGCGGGUGUACGCUCGUCACCGCGGCGGUGUGUUGGGUGUGGAUGCCGGAGACGAAGGGGAAGUCGUUGGAGGAGGUGGAGCGGUCGUUUGUUAGGGGGAAGAGAGGUUGA